CACAGUUUGUCGGUGUCUACAUAAUUGGAGAUGGAAACAAUAUUAACUAUGCAAUGCCCCCCUCAUCGCUGUCUUUGAUGCCAUAUCUGCCCGUUCAAAUCUCCAUCUGCUUCCAGGACCACCGCGAUCGUGUAAGCCUGCAAAUCACCAAGUUCUGCUGGUAGUUGCUAGGAGCUUCCAAGCACUUGAUUACCUACCUGCCUUUUGUUCUAUCUCACCCCUAAGUCCGUAGCAACUGCUGGUCCUUAACUCCGUUAAUUCCACCUGCAAAUCGGCAGACAAGCUAUCCGUUUACAUACAACGACAUUUCUUUCUGUUGCGCUUCUCUAUUAGCCACAAGAUUAUCGAAAACUGGAGUGAACUGAAAUCACAAUGGAAAAAAAUCAACCUAAAAUCUUGAUUCUCGGCGGGACUGGCAAAGUCGGCAGUCAGAUCGCGAAGCUCUUCGCGUCGACUUCGAUUCCAACUUACCAAGCCUCCAGAAGCGGGACAUCCACAGAACCAGUUGCUAGCAACAUCAAACCCAUUACCUUCGACUGGGAGGAUGAGACGACCUGGGCGGCGGCUUUGGACGUCGGCGCGACAAGCGCCUUCCUUGUUGCCCCACCCAUCUUGGACAUGCUGCCGCCGAUGCAGUCUUUCAUCGACCAGGCGCGAACCAAGGGACGCACCAAGAGAUUCGUCCUGUUGAGCUCAAGUUCUAUCGAGCCAGACCUCAUCGGCUUCGCGAUGGGUCGGCCGCAUGCGUAUCUGAAGGAGCUUGGCGACAAGGGUGAAGUGGAAUGGGCAGCAUUAAGACCGACAUGGUUUCAGCAGAAUUUUGCCGCGCAAGAUAAUCAUCGCAAGUCGAUUGUGAACGAGAGCAUGAUAUACUCCGCUACGGGGGAUGGGAAGAUACCUUGGGUUGCGGCCGAGGACAUUGCAGCGGUCGCAUACCAACUCCUUACCCAAGAGGAUGCGCCGAACGAUGAAUACGUCAUCCUUGGGCCUGAGUUGCUCAGCUACGAUGAUAUUGCCGUGACUCUUUCCGAUAUUCUUGACCGGAAGAUCGUACAUAAAAACCUCUCGGCGUUGGAGCUCGUGGAGCGAUUCGCUAGCCAGGGCAUGCCCCGAGAUUAUGCGGAGAUGAUGGCUGGCUUGGACACAGCCAUAAAGAAUGGCAGCGAGAACCGGACGAAUAGCGUCGUCCUCGCACUGACGGGGAAGCAGCCAAGGAAGUUUCGAGAUACCGCUGAGAAGCACAAAGGUGUCUGGGCUACGGCGGCGUGAGUGCUCGCCGGGGGGAGAAAAGGCUUCGGAGCUUGGAGCACAUGUAAGAGAAAGGGUACACAGCUGUCGAUGUUGACAACGUCAAACUCCCAAUGGAGGAACAGGGGGCACCCUUUCAUUGUUCUCGGAAACAACCCGUUUUUUUGCAUCUAGAAUGCUCAUACGCAAAAAGUUUGGCAACAUGUUUCGCGUUCAAUCAGAGUCGCCC